AUGGGCCCAUGUAGCAGCAGCAAAAUGAUGGAGAAUUUCAAGGAAAUUCCUAAAGUAGAAACGAGAGGUUAUCCGACCAUGACUAAGCUUGAAGGUUUAUCCAAGAAUGACUUAGUGAAACAACUGAAGGCUGAAUUUCAAAAGUUAUCCGAUGUUAAUCAAGAAAAGUGCGACUUGCAAGAAUGGGAAGAAUUAGCAGCUUCAUUAGGAACACGACAGAUUAUGAAACAUAAAGACAAGGAUGUCAGACUUUAUGCAGCAUGUUGUUUAGCUGAUAUCAUGAGAAUAUUUGCUCCUAACGCACCAUAUGAUACCAAUCUGCAGUCGGAUAUCUUAUAUUUAUGGAUAGAGCAACUACGUGGCCUUUAUAAUCCAAAUUCUCAAACUUUUCGAAGACAUUAUUAUAUCUUAGAGAGUUUAGCGUACGUUCAAACUUUCAAUGUCGCUAUUUACAUGGAAGCGUAUGAUGCAAUCAUUGAUCUCUUUCGGCUGUUCUUCGAAAUCAUAAGGCAAGUUGUCAAUUGCAUGACCAUGAUCAUGAGCUCAUUAGUGAUCGAUAGCGAAGUUAUUCCGCAAAAGCUGUUGGACACUAUUUUAAUUCAAAUCAUUGAGCCGAAUAAGAGCCAAAAUAAAGCAUCAUACAAUUUAGCCUCUCAACUUAUUACCAAAACUGCUACAUCAUUGGAACCCUAUGUUCAAGUGUUUUUUACGAAUUGUAUGACAAGCGAAAAGGCGUCUGAAAGUGAAGUGUCCGACAGAUUAUACGACAUCAUCUAUCAACUUAAUAGUAUUGCACCUAGCGUAUUAAUAUCUGUCCUACCGCAACUGGAGUAUAAACUGAAGAGUAAUGAAGCAGACGAGCGUCUUGAUGUAACCCGAUUACUAGCUAGAAUGUUUUCGGAUCCUGAAUCUGCUGUAGCGAAGGCUGAUUCUCCACUAUGGAAAUUACUCAUUGGAAGAUUUAUUGAUAUUAAUGCCAGCGUUCGUAUAGAGUGCAUUCGAUAUGCAAAAUAUUUUUUGGUGUAUCACCCUCACUUCGCUAAAGAUACAAUAGAAAAAUUGAUCGUUCGUAGUCGGGAUACCGAUGAUAAAGUCAGAUUAGAGGUUGUAAAGAUCAUUUCUGAGAUUGCCAUUGAAAAAUUAGAAGCAGUUACGGAAGAGCUUUGGGAUGCGUUGAAAGAACGUAUGAGAGAUAAAAAGUGGAUUGUCAGAAAGGAAGCUAUGAUAAAAAUUGCAGCCUUGUAUAAAUCAUUUAAAACCAAGAAUGAAAAGAAUAAAUACCAUAAAGAAUUGCAGUGGAUGCCGAAUAAAUUAUUGCAUUGUUACUAUCAGCCAGGAAUUGAAGAUAGGAUUUUCGUUGAAAAGAUUUUUCGAACUGCAUUAAUACCAUGCAAUUUAAAGGCAAAUGAUAAAAUUUUGCAAUUGCUUAACCUUCAGAAAGUACUUGAUGAUCAUGCCCUCAGAGCCUUAAAUGAAAUUUUCAGAUCAAAAGCUAUUAUGAGGAAGCACAUGAUGGAGUUUAUUCAAUUAGUCGACAAAGCGAAGUUGGAACCCGAUAACGAAGAUAUGGAACCGAAAACGUUAGCAAAGAAAAUGGUCUUAUCAAAAAUGUUUCCAGAUUCUAGUAAAGCACAUGACCAAUUUAGAUACAUAGCCGACAGCUUGUAUGAUCAAUUCUUUUGUAACACAUUCAAGAAAUGCUUUGACCCUAAAACUGAUUGCGAAAAGACUUUGCAAGCAGAGGUUGAUAUUUUAAAGGAUUUAAGCUCAAGACGUAUUUCGCCAGAGUGGAUGCAAAUCCUAUUCGAUCGUUGUACUUCUGUGACUUUUGAUGGUGCUACUGUGCAAUUUUUAGUCAAGCAAAUACCGAAGAUUGCCAAGAGUAUGUCUGCUGAUGAUCAGCAAAAACUUGCGCAGAAUGACAGCGGAAGCAAUGAAUUUAGUAGAUGCACUCAGAUGUUACAGAGCGUGAGUAUUUUAAUGCCAACACUAUUUACUUCCAAAUCUUGCCAAGAAGAAAUUUUACAAAUGUUAGAAAGCCAAAUGAUAUCUAUAGUUGACUUAGCUUUGCGCGUUUUGGUUAAUUGUGCGAAAGAAAUAAAAAUUGAUGAAUGCCCUGUUAAAUCGUUUUUUCAACCAAAACUUAUAAAAUUCGCCACAAAUGGCACCCCGGCACAGGCCAAACUAUCCAUGAAGUGUAUAGCUACUCUCUGUAAAGAUAGUGUGGUAAUCAUGGAAAGAAUUCAUGGGACAUUGUUAAAAUCACUACAAGUAGAAUCUAAAAUGCUAUUGACUACGUUAACGUCGCUUGCCCAAAUUGCGACCUUUGCUCCUGGGGUAUUUGAAAAAAACAGCUUGGAGAUUGUACGAGAAUUCGUGGUGAAGAAAAUUGUUACUGUGGACGGUGGAUUUGUCAACACCCAUCAGUAUCUUCCCGCCAAUUUUGCGGUUACGCCGAAUAAGAAAAGAAUUGUAAGGGGAUCACCAACGAAAAAGGUUGCAACAACGCCUAAGAAAUCUUCUGCAUCAGAAUCGAAUACUCCCCUCAAACGAAAAUUAAUCUCGACACCUAAAAGCAGUUUCGAUUUUAACAACACUAGUGACGACUCGGAUAAUGACCUUAACCAUUCAGUUCGAAGCCCCCCCAAGAAAGUGAACGUAUCGAGUACGCCUGCAGCCAAACCAAGAGGUAUUAAAAUUAUUUAUGUUCUCUUUUACUGCUCAGAAAAUCGCGAAAGGGGCCGAGCAUUAAAAACACAAACCCUUCCAAGUAUGAAAUACGUUAACGCUAUUAAUUCUUGUCCUAAAGGUCGUAAAGCUGUAGAAAAAAUGGCUGAAGAGUUUGGUUCCGAAGGAUCAAAUGAGAAUAGAGAGAGCUCUAGUGAUAUUGUAAGUCCAGACUCUGAGGAAGAGUUAGCAUCAUCUAUUAGCAGUAACGACGAAACUUCCGAUGAUGAAGAUCAAAAAGUCUCCCAUUCGCGACGAAGUUCUGCUACAAGUCCGAAGAAAAAACUUAAAAGCGAUAAAAGGAAGCCUAGUAAGCAAUCUAAAUCUAAAGUGGAAAGUAAAUCAGUAUCCAAAAGAAGUACUAACGUAACGGAAAGUAUUAAAGUCGAAAAAUCACCUACGCAAGCCGGCACAGAAAGUUCUGGUAAAACUCAAAAUCAGAAAAGUCAUAUCAAUGAAGACACCGCCCGGCGUGCUAGAGGUCGCAGGAAAAAGGAAAUAACCGAUGUAGACGAUAAAGGAAAAGUCGAAGCAAAACAACCAGAAAAGAAGUCCGAUCGUACAUCACGAUCUAAGCAAAGCUCGAAAAAAAAAGAUGCCGUUGCAGUAGAGAAAGAACAUGCUAUCGCAUUAGAUACUCAUAAAUCCGACUCUCCCCUAAAUAUUCAAAGUAAAAAAGAAACAUCUCUGAGGAAAGGGGCUGCAAAGAAGGCCGAUGGUAAAGUUGUAUCAAAACCGAGCCAAAAGGAACGUAGUAGUCGUUCACAAAGUAGACAAAGCACUACAAGGAAGGCAUCAAAUACUAGUAAAGCGAAAGAAGAGAGUAUUUCAACUGUUACGAAAAGGGGUAGUGCUGCAUCACGAUCGAGGAAAAAGAUUGAAAAAAAAAAAGUGAACGAACCUGUAGCAAAGAAAGAGAGUUUAACCGAAACGAAAGAGGAUACAGCUAAAAUGGAAGAUAGCGAUGAUAGUGACUCUUCUGAUUAUGUUGAAGCUUCGAGUAAAAUGAAGACUACGGAAAAGAAAAGCAAAAGUGCUGCUAAGUCUAGCAAAGCCACCCCAAAAACUGUGCCCAGAAGGAAGGCCACUACGGUAAAAAAAAAAGCUGAUAAGCAACAAAAAUUAUUCAAAGGAAAUCCUCCACGAAACGUAGGCUGUGCUUCAUGUUCAUAA